AUGCUCCUCACAGGAGUAGCAAUCCUGCUUUCUCUCUUUACACUCGUUCAGGCCUUUGCGCUUCCGCAGACUUCCAACGACAAUUUGGCCUCUUCAGCUACGACAGGGUAUAAGAAUGUCGCCAUCUAUGGUCGUAACUUCAACCCUCAAGAUCUUCCAGCCCAAGAACUUACCCACGUCCUCUACGCCUUCGCUAAUGUUCGACCGGAGACGGGCGAGGUCUACCUGACAGACACAUGGUCUGAUACUGACAAGCACUUCCCCUCUGACUCCUGGAACGACGUCGGCACUAACGUCUACGGAUGCAGCAAGCAGCUAUACCUACUUAAAAAGAGGAACCGCAAGCUUAAGUCGCUUUUGUCAAUUGGCGGGUGGACCUACUCCGCCAACUUUGCGGUACCAGCGUCAACACCUCAGGGUCGGAAAGCCUUUGCGAGCAGUGCGAUCCAGAUUCUCGCAGACCUUGGUUUCGAUGGUCUUGACGUUGACUGGGAGUAUCCUGCCGACGAAGCGCAGGCUAAUGACAUGGUCUCCCUCCUUGCAGAGACUCGGCAACAACUUAAUGAUUACUCGGCCCAGAACGCAAACAACCAGCAUUUACUUCUCACUGUUGCAUCGCCUGCUGGACCUUCGAAUUACAAUAAAAUGAAGCUCGCCGCCAUGGAUAAAUACCUUGACUUCUGGAACCUCAUGGCGUACGAUUACUCAGGCUCCUGGGACACCAACGCCGGCCACGACGCCAACUUCUGCCCCUCCUCUUCAAAUCCCUCUUCUACACCCUUUGGCACAAAGAAGGCACUGAACGACUACAUAUCCGCCGGAGUGCCUGCCAGCAAAAUUGUUCUCGGUAUGCCGCUGUACGGCCGCUCCUUCAGCCAGACCGAUGGGCCAGGGAGGCCGUUCCAGGGUGUGGGUAAGGGGACGUGGGAAGCCGGGGUCUAUGAUUAUAAAGUGCUACCUCAGGUUGGCGCAAAGAUCACUGAGGAUUUGGACCUGGUGGCGAGCUGGAGCUAUGAUGCUGCGAAGCGCGAGAUGAUCAGCUAUGACACGCCCGCCAUCGUCGCUAAGAAAGCCCAGCUCAUCCGCCAGCAGGGGUUAGGUGGGGGUAUGUGGUGGGAGAGCUCGAGUGAUAAGAAGGGUGCUGAUAGCCUUAUUUCUACGUUCGUCAAGCAUAUCGGUGGUAUCAGUGCGUUAGAUCAGAGUACGAAUCUGCUAAGCUUUCCACAGAGCAAGUAUGAGAAUCUAAAGGGAGGGUUUCCUAACAACUAG